AUGCCCCGAGGAACGAGUUUGACGCCCAGCGAGCGCGAGAGGAUUCUGGCUUUGAACCAGUCGGGCCUCUCCAACCGGGCGAUCGCCAAGGAGCUCAACCGCUCUCCCAAGGUUGUCAACAGCUUUUUGAAAAGCCCAAACGACUACAACACGGCAAAGCGACCAGGUCGCAAGCCCACGCUCACUCCGGACGCGCUUCGGCAACUCGUCGCGGCGGCGUCCGAAGGCGUUUUCACUGCCCGAGAGCUGCGCGUCGACCAACAAGUUCCCCUCGGAGUUCGCCGCAUCCAGCAGAUCCUCUCGAGCGCCGAGAUCUCUUCGCGC